GAGAAAGUUGGUAGAGAUAUCAUAGGGGAAGGGGAGGGGCCGAAGAGCGUCGAACACUGCACGAAGGGCUUUGUUGUGACAGUUCUAGACGUUGGUCGCGUUGUGUUUUGAAAAGGGCGCGCUUUGGUCGCACGGGGAACGUAGGAGACGAUGGGAUACACUGCGACACAGCAUUUGGUAAAGGAAACGAGACAUCGCAUCGGUAUGCUAAACCUGCCGUACGAGGAAGAGUACCGGGCACAGCUGAAGCAUCUUGGGUACAAGGAAAAGGACAUCCUGAGGGAAGCUUUCCAGCGCCAGGAAUGGAAUGUAGGCAGUGCACGAGUGCUGAGUUUGCUGCAGGAAGCGAACAUUCUGACAGCGAGUGAAUACAUCCUCAGCCUUGAUUCGAUCGAGCUAAUGCAACAGAUUCUGAACGAUUUUCUGGAAGCGGAGUACAGCCUGCUAGCGCACAUCGUUCGCUACGCCUACCAAGAGAAUGUUCAAUCCCAAUCGCUCACCAACGUUCUGAAGGAAAGCUUUCGCACGCUGCUGAACGACUUGAACGACAAUCCGAACGUGAUUCCGCACAAUUACCUGCAAGCAAUCGGGACCCGUUUGCGCACGCACGAGCAGAAAAUGGUGAUUAAUGAGCAUCUGCAGCUACUGCUCGGUUCCGAACGCGGUCCGCUCGACCUGGACGCAGCCAUCGGGCGGCAGCACCAGUGGCGGGAAGAGAUGCAAACCAUCCUCACCGGUACCGUUUUCGAACGGCUGCUGAUCGAGCUGAUCCGUGACAAGGCCAACCUGCUAGAGGUGCUGAAAGAGUUGUUGAAGCGAUCGUGUCCCUUUUCCCUCAAGCACGCACUCUAUCUGCUGUCCCAAGCGGCUAGGGCGACGACCGAUGAGCCGGACGAGCGGCUGCUGAAAAGCUUCAUCAAGGAUCUGUUCCGGACCGUGGUGGAGACGGGGCUGAUGAGCCAGCUACAGCUGGUGCUGCUGUUUGCGCGUGAAAUUUGCUCCGCCAAUACGGCCGUGCUGGGGACGUAUCCGGCCUGGUACAAGCAAACGUUCGGCGAGAUGACGUACAGCGUGAAGCGGGACCAGUUCAUCGGCACGAUGGAGCUGCUGACGGCGCUAAUACCGGCCGAGCGGAACCUGGAGCUGCUCGGUGUGCAUGCGACAAUAGCGAUUUCCGCCCCGGCCAAGUGUAACGAUUACGUGCUCAACUACAAGCAGCUUUGCCGGGCUCACAUCGCCCAGCUGAAGGCACCGGAGUGUACGAUCGUGCUGGAGGAUUAGUGGAACGUCAAGAUGAUAAGCUGGUUCAAAAAACACCCUUUGCUGCCUGUAAAGGUAAAGGCUAUAGUUUACCACGACCACGAUGAAAAACAACUUCGGGAAAUCAAACCUGACGACGGGCUGGUAUUGAUGGAUAUAUUCAACUUGAAGAAUGACGAACGGCUGUCGGACAUACGACAGGAAAGUGACAUCCCGCUCGUGAUCGUCAUCUCCUUACUUGCCUUUAACAACAACGUGAUCAGAUUAAAAACGGUGCUUAACUGCAAAACGUUUCCAAAAAAUGCCUUGUUUGUGGUCGACCGCAGAUUGUCGAAUGAUUUCGAACAAAUAAUUAACAACAUGAGAGAGGGAGAGAGAAUCAACGACACACCAAUUUCCUGCAAGAUCAAAAUCAACAAAGUGUACUUGGAAUGGGAUCAUCCUAAUGGUAUUGAUACGAAAAUGGCUAAGGAUAUCGGCAAUAAAAUUAAAGCAGCUGCUUCAAAAUGUAUAAGCGCGAAUGAAAAGAACGACCAGGCUGAAAGUGACUGUAGCUCUCUCCAAUUGAAUAGCUCAAACGUUCCAAGUCUAGAAGCGCAAAACAAACAACCUCAACAGAUGCAACUCAGUACAGAACACUGUGCUGUUACUAUCGAGACUGAAAUACCGUAAUAAUCUACUGUAUUUUCUGCCCCACCCUUAAGCUAAGCUCUAGCGUAUGUUGGCCUUUUGAGCUGAUCGAAGACAAAGUCAAUCGACCGCUGUUAAAAUGGCAGCUUUAGCAGUAUCAAAUAUUUGCGGUAGAAAAAUGUGUGUAAGAUGAACGCUAUAAAAGUAUUGGAUGCGUAAUUACAAAUUAUGUGAUUGGAAUCCCGCUGCAGAAGGUGAAUCCACAGAGUAUUCGAAUGGCCGCUACUUCCAGUUCGUAAAUUACUACAGGACCGUCCGUCAAGUGUACUUAAACAACUCUUCAUUUGACAGCUAGGGAGUUCACAGCUUCAUCCGCAGCAAUCUGCUCUAAAAGCCUCUACCUUCCAAUCUCCAUCCAUCAUCACUGAUGAUAAGCGACGGAGGUCAGUUUUUAUAUCGAAUAAAUUACCGAAUGUUAAUUAA